AAAAAAACAAGCUCAUGAUGCAUGAUUUGCUUCGAGACAUGGGCAGAGAAGUUCGUGUAGAAUCCCCUAAAGACCCAGAAGAACAUAGUAGAUUGUGGCGUCAGGGAGAUGUCAUAGGUGUAUCGACAGAAGAAUCUGGAACUAAGAGGAUUGAAGGACUCACUCUAAAUUUGCAAAGAUCUGACAAAAAAGAGUUUCAGUACAAGUGCAUUUAGAAACAUGAAGAGACUGAAAUUGCUCCCACUCAACCAUGUAGAACUCACUGGAGACUACAGCUAUCUUUCCAAAGAUUUAAGAUGGCUCUGCUGCCGGGGAUUCUCUCUAUCAACUAUACGUAAUGAAUUUCUUAAUGACCAAAACCUGGUUUCUAUCGACCUGUGGUACAGCAAUCUCGUACAAAUUUGGGAGCAUUCCAGGUUGCUUAGGAAGUUGAAGAUUCUUAAUGUCAGUAGUAGUGUUCAUAGCCUUCCAGAACGACUGUGUUUCAACAUUUGUAAAAACCUACCUGAAAGCAGAGACUUACCUCCCUGCACUGCACUGGAAGUAAUUCCAAAUUUUUCUAAAGCCUCGAGACAAAACAUCCAACAGGUUCUGUCUUUCUCUGACACACACUGACAUAAAGAAGAUGGUAUUUCUCAUACUAUCCUGCUUGAUAUGGUGUCGGAAUGGCCUGCGAGUGGAGAUGAUGGCAUUUGUUUGCCUGUAAAUGAUUUUCCAGGGCUGUUGACCAAGUCUUUUUCCAAGUGUCGGAGAAACUGACCAAGUCUUUUUCCAAGUGUCGGAGAAACUGACCAAGUCUUUUUCCAAGUGCCUCAAAUUAUUGGUUGCAAUUUAAAAGCUUUGACCGUGCGUGUCGUUUGGUCCCUCUGUUUCAGCAGGGACAUGUCUUCAAUUCGACGUUUUUCCAUCUCGUCAUGUUACUCAUGUACGGUGUGUUUAUUGGAGGCACUUUCUUUAAAUCCUUCUGUUAUGUUGCUGUCAUUGAGAACUGGUAAACCUUGUCUUUUUCCAGAUGUCAAAUUCCAUACUUUAAGGUUAUCUAUGCAAGCCAACAGGGUUGUCGCAGUCCAUCUUUAUGACAGGUUUUUCCUAAACUUGAAUUGUAUUUAUAUGAAUGAAGUAGACAACAAAGAACUUUCUUUUUUUCACUCCUAUACAGUCAGUAGCACGAGCCCUUGACCAUCUAAUUUAACCAAUUCCUAUACAGUCUGUAGAACUUUCAUUUUUUCACUCCCAACAAAUGGCUUUUCACUAUGAAUGUGUGGAAAAAGAUGGCAAACAAAGGCGGCCUGAAUGUGUGGAAAAAGAUGUACUGAUAUAUGUUGUUCAGUCGAGGCCACAAAUCUAGCCUUAGCAACCCCAUCUUUUGUUGCAUUUGUCAUGUGUAUAUUCUUGUCAAAAUGUUUGACAGAAAGAAAAAGCUAGUCAACUGGAGUGCUAUAUGAGUCAUUUUGACAAGAAGAAAAUGCUAGACAACUGGAGUGCUGCAUGAGUCUAUUCAUGCAUGGAUAUUACCCGGAAAAGAAAAAAGAUUCCACCUCACUCUCUAGAUGAUGGAGUGAGCAUUCGAUUUUAUUCAUUUUCUUAUUUGAGUUGCAAAUAGUAAAGGUAGAACGUGUUUUCUUGAGCUUCAGCUAGAAGGCGCGAAAGCAAAUCAGAAAUGGCUUCAUCCUACGACGUGUUCUUGAGCUUCAGAGGUGUAGACACACGAAACAACUUCACGAGCCACCUCUACAGCAAAUUAGUUUCAUCUAGAAUCUUUACCUUCUUCGAUGACAACGAACUAAGGAGAGGGGAAGAUAUAUCACAGUCAUUCAUUAGGGCAAUCGAAGGGUCUAGGAUCUCUCUCAUAGUCUUUUCAGCGAAUUAUGCGAGUUCAAAAUGGUGUCUUGAUGAGCUGGUGAAGAUCAUGGAGUGUAGAAAAACAUUGGGGCAAACUGUUUUUCCAAUAUUCUAUCGUGUUGAGCCUUCAGAUGUCAGGCAUCAGACGGGUAGUUUUGCGGAGGCAUUUGUAAAACAUAAAGCUGCAAAUAGAUAUGCAGAGAAUGUACCCAAGUGGAGAGCUGCUCUUCAUGAAGCUGCAAAUUUGUCUGGCUUCCAUCUUAGUAGUACUACUGAUAGGCGUGAGGCAGAGUUUAUCCGUGACAUUGUUGACCUGGUUAAUAGACUGCAGACCGACACAUACUUACAUGUAGCCAACUACCCAGUUGGAAUACAGUCUCGUGUCGAAGAGAUUAGUAGAUCAUUAUGUGUUGGAGUAGAUAAUGAUGUUCACAUGGUUGGAAUUUGGGGUAUGGGUGGAAUGGGCAAAACAACUGUUGCAAAAGCCAUCUAUAACAAAUUUUAUCGUAGUUUUGAAGCUACAUGUUUUCUCGCAAAUGUUGGAGAAACUGCGAAGCAGUCAAAUGGUAAGAUUACUUUGCAAGGAAGACUUCUUUCUGAUAUCUUAAGACCAACCAAGAUAGAAGUAGGUGAUGCUGCUAGAGGGAUCAUUGUGAUAAAAGAAAGACUUGGAAAGAAAAAGGUACUAGUCAUUUUUGAUGAUGUAGAUGAUGUGGAGCAAUUAAAUGCAUUAGCCAUAAGACGUGAUUCGUUUGGUCCAGGAAGUAGAGUUAUUAUAACUACAAGAGAUCGACAUUUGCUAGAGCAACUUAAAGUAACAAUACAUCUGACUCGAGAAAUGAAUAAAGAAGAAGCUCUUGAGCUCUUUAGUUGGCAUGCAUUUCAAAAUAAUUGUCCUGAUGCCGAAUUUUUGGAGCUCUCAAGAAGUGUGGCUACCUACUGUGGAGGUUUACCACUGGCUCUUGAAGUUUUAGGGUCUUUUCUCUUUGGAAGGAAGGACAUAAGAGAUUGGAAAAGCACAUUGAAGAAAUUGGAAAAAAUUCCUCAUGGAAAAAUUCAGAGAAAGCUCAGAAUAAGCUUUGAUGCAAUUGAUGAGAACCAGAAGAACUUAUUCCUCGAUGUAUCUUCUUUCUUCAUUGGAAUGGACAAGAACUAUGUCAUAAAAAUACUCGAGGGGUGUGGUCUUUCUGCAGCAAUAGAUAUCAGUGUCCUCAUUCAGCGUUGCCUUGUAGUUGUUAGUGAAAAAAACAAACUCACAAUGCACAAUUUGCUUCGCGACAUGGGCAGAGAAGUUGUUCGUGAAGAAUACCCCGAAGACGUUGAAAAAUGUAGUAGAUUGUGGCGUCAGGAAGAUGUACUAGAUAUAUUGACAGAAGAGUCUGGAACUAAAAAGAUUAAAGGGCUUGCUCUAAAUCUGCAAAGAUCUCAGAAAAAGAGUUUCAGAACAAAAGCAUUUACAAAGAUGAAGAAACUGAAAUUGCUCCAACUCAACUAUGUAGAGCUGACUGGAGACUAUGACCAUCUUUCCAAAAAUUUGAGAUGGCUCUGCUGGCAUGGAUUCUCUCUAAAGUUCAUAGGAAACGAUUUUCUUAAUCAAGGAAACCUGGUUUCUAUGGACCUGCAGUACAGCAAUCUCGUACAAGUUUGGGAGCAUCCCAGGGUGCUCGAGAAGUUGAAGAUUCUUAAUCUCAGUCAUUCACAUUACCUAAAACAAUCACCAGACUUUUCAAAACUCCCAAAUCUUGAGUAUUUGAUCAUGAAAGGCUGUAAGAGUUUGUCAGAGAUGCACCAGUCUAUUGGAGAUGUUAAAAGACUUGCUUCGGUAAACCUUAAAGGCUGCAAAAUGCUUAAGGACCUUCCAAAGAAUUUCUAUAAGUUGAGAGGUAUUGAAACUCUUGUUCUUUCUGGCUGUUCAAGAUUUGAGAAUUUUGUCGAGGACAUAGGGGAGAUGACAUCACUGAGAACUCUUGUUGUAAGUGGCACAGCCAUAAGUCGAGUACCACCCUAUAUAGGAAGAUUGAAAAACCUGAACUACUCAUCUGUACAAGGCCUGGUUCGCCUGAAACAAAGGUUCCCGGAAGUGCCAAAAACUUAUUUUCCUCAUGACUAUACCUCUUUGACGUAUUGCAAUUUGGAAAGCAGUAAUGUUCAUAACCUUCCAGAACGCGGUGACCUUUCCAAUCUUGAGCGUCCAUGUUUCUAUAAUUGCACAAAUUUUCCUACAGGUGGAGAUUUACCAAGUAAGUCGAAGGACUUGGAAUCAGAUCACUGCACUGCACUUCCAAUAAUUCCUAAUUCAAACCCUUCUAAAGCGUCGAGGCAGAGCAUCCUACAGGGAUUGACCGUAACGGGAGAUGGUUGCAUUUGUUUGCCGGGAAAUGAUUUUCCAAAGCAGUUCACAUAUGUCAGAGAAAGUGACCAAGUCUUUUUCCAAGUGCCUCAAACUAACUUACAAGCUUUCACUGUGUGCAUAGUUUGUUCUUCUUGUUUUGACGAGGACAUGUCUCCAAGUGGUAUAUCCAUUUUUGUUACAAAUUAUACCAAGCUCAUUAGCUUUGUUGUUGAGCCAACUCAUCUCACCGAAAUAACUUCGCAUGAUGUUAUUUGGCGAGUAAAUUUAUUAAACGAUGAGUUCAAUUUGGAAGGUGAUGACUUUGUGGAGGUUGAAGUUGCAAUUGGAUCCGGUUUCAGAGUGAAAAAAACUGGGGUCAGUCUUGUAUGGGAUCCCAAACUUAUCAAUGAAAAUACGAUUGAGUGUGAGCCUAUCCCGUACGAAUAUUUUCCAAGUGAUGCUGAUAAUCAGGCAGGACCAAGCCAUGAGCCAUCUGAUGGGGAACGACCUUUGAAAAGAUUGAAGUUUGUGAUGCAGGAGUAGCCCAUGAAUCUGCAUAUACACCUGCUCAUGAGAAGCCCAAGCAGAGAAGCAAAACCCAAGUCAUCUCAAAGACUUCGUCAUCAAGUGGAGGCGGAUAUGUUUCAGGCAAUUAUAUCUUUCUUUCUUUUAUUUUGAAGAUUGGAAUCUUUAGUUUAUUCUUCUUUGUUGCUGUCCUAAUACUAUUAGCUUUCUUAUCCUAUUGGAGCACUACCUUGUAAACUGAUCAGUACUUUGAGUAUUAUAACAUACAGCAGCAAGCUUUUUGCUGCA